GGACCCCGAGCAGCGGCGAGAGCCUUGGCCUGAGAGUUAGAGGGGCGGGCCGGCUCAUUCCUGGGGUGGGUGCUGAGGACUGGCGGGCGAGAACCCGGGGCCACCGCCUUCCCCGCCCCCCCACCCAGGGGUGAGGGAGUGGACACUCGGAGCCCCUGAGGCGGCGGCGGCGGCGGCGGGAGCCGGUCAAAGGGGGCGGCCCCUGGCGGCGACGCCCCCAGCCCAGCCCUGUCUGGCCCCACUCCAUCCCCAGCCCCGGCCGGAUCGGCCCGCGGGUGACGCCGGCUGGGGCACAGAAAGGCGGCUCCGAGGGGGCGGGCGGGCGAGCCGCCCCUCCCGGGUCUUUCCACGUCCCCUCCCGGGAGGGACCCAUACCUGAGCCCGGACCCACCCCCACCCGGGGCCACGCUGGAUCCGCCUCCCGGGCUGGGUCCCGCCCGCCGGCUGCAGGUGGGCAGCAGCGCCCGAGCCGCGGGCAGUGGGCGGCGGGGAAGGAGGUGAGCCGCGUCCGCGCCGGCUGCCUCUCGGGUCCUUGACCCCGCUGCUGCGCUCUCCUCCUUCCCUUCCCGCAGGCAGGGCGCGGAGCUGCGCGCCCGCCCCGCCGCCGCCGCCGCCUUGUCCCUCAGGGGCACCAUGGAGCUCUCCCUGUCGUCCGGAGGAGCCGCGGAGGCGCUCUCCUGGCCGGAGAUGUUCCCGGGACUGGAGUCCGACUCGCCGCUCCCCCCGGAGGAGCUGGACGCUGUUGUCCCGGUCAGUGGGGCCGUGGCCGGUGGCAUGUUGGAUCGGAUCCUUCUGGAGUCCGUGUGCCAGCAACAGAGCUGGGUCCGGGUGUACGAUGUGAAAGGGCCACCUACCCAUCGUCUGUCUUGUGGCCAGUCACCCUACACCGACACAACAACAUGGGAGCGGAAGUACUGCAUCCUUACAGACAGCCAGCUGGUGUUGCUCAACAAGGAAAAGGAGAUACCUGUGGAGGGAGGACAGGAUCAGCAGACAGAUUCCACCAAAGGGCGAUGCCUGAGGAGAACUGUCAGUGUCCCUUCCGAGGGUCAGUUUCCUGAGUACCCACCAGAGGGCGCCGCUAAACUGGAGGUGCCAGCAGAAAGGUCCCCCCGCAGACGGAGUAUCUCAGGGACCAGUACAUCAGAGAAACCCAACUCUAUGGAUACUGCAAAUACCUCACCCUUCAAAGUACCAGGGUUCUUCAGCAAGCGCCUGAAAGGCUCCAUCAAGAGGACCAAAAGCCAAUCAAAGCUUGACCGAAACACGAGCUUUCGGCUUCCCUCCCUUCGCAAUACAGAUGACAGGUCUCGUGGGCUGCCUAAACUAAAAGAGUCACGUUCCCAUGAAUCCCUGCUGAGCCCAUGCAGUGCAGUGGAAUGUCUGGAUCUUGGUAGAGGGGAGCCCGUAUCAGUGAAGCCACUCCAUAGCAGCAUCCUUGGACAAGACUUCUGCUUUGAGGUUACCUACUUAAGUGGAAGUAAAUGCUUCAGCUGUAACUCUGCUUCAGAGAGAGAUAAGUGGAUGGAAAACCUUCGCAGGACAGUUCAACCAAAUAAGGACAAUUGCAGACGAGCCGAAAACGUUCUCCGUUUAUGGAUUAUUGAAGCCAAGGACCUUGCCCCUAAAAAGAAAUAUUUCUGUGAACUGUGCCUUGAUGAUACCCUCUUUGCUCGUACAACCAGCAAGACCAAAGCAGACAAUAUUUUCUGGGGUGAACAUUUUGAGUUCUACAGCCUUCCACCUCUUCAUAGCAUCACAGUUCACAUUUAUAAAGAUGUGGAAAAAAAGAAAAAAAAAGACAAGAAUAAUUAUGUAGGGCUAGUCAAUAUCCCUACUGCCAGUGUGACUGGUCGCCAAUUUGUAGAAAAGUGGUACCCAGUGAGUACACCUACACCCAACAAAGGAAAGACAGGAGGACCUUCUAUUCGGAUUAAAUCACGUUUCCAAACUAUCACCAUUCUGCCUAUGGAGCAAUACAAAGAAUUUGCAGAAUUUGUCACCAGCAACUACACCAUGUUGUGUUCUGUUCUUGAACCAGUAAUUAGUGUGAGAAAUAAAGAAGAGUUGGCCUGUGCCUUAGUGCACAUUCUUCAAAGUACUGGCAGAGCCAAGGAUUUUCUGACUGACUUGGUGAUGUCUGAGGUGGAUCGUUGUGGAGAGCAUGAUGUCUUGAUCUUCAGAGAGAACACCAUUGCCACCAAAUCCAUUGAGGAAUACCUCAAGUUGGUGGGACAACAGUAUCUUCAUGAUGCAUUGGGGGAGUUCAUCAAAGCUUUGUAUGAGUCAGAUGAAAACUGUGAAGUGGAUCCCAGCAAAUGUUCAUCUAGUGAACUGAUAGACCAUCAGAGCAACCUGAAAAUGUGCUGUGAGCUGGCUUUCUGCAAGAUCAUCAACUCUUACUGUGUUUUCCCUCGUGAGUUGAAAGAAGUGUUUGCAUCCUGGAAGCAGCAGUGCCUGAACCGCAGCAAGCAAGACAUCAGCGAGCGGCUCAUCAGUGCCUCGUUGUUUCUCCGUUUUCUGUGCCCGGCCAUCAUGUCUCCCAGUCUCUUCAACCUCAUGCAGGAAUAUCCUGAUGACCGCACAUCUCGGACUCUAACUCUCAUUGCCAAGGUCAUCCAGAACCUGGCCAACUUUGCCAAAUUUGGUAACAAAGAGGAAUAUAUGGCAUUCAUGAAUGAUUUUUUAGAACACGAAUGGGGUGGAAUGAAGCGCUUUCUUUUGGAGAUCUCUAAUCCGGACACCAUCUCAAACACCCCAGGCUUUGAUGGUUACAUUGAUCUGGGCCGAGAGCUUUCAGUUUUGCAUUCCUUACUGUGGGAAGUAGUUUCCCAACUUGAUAAGGCGACCGUGGCAAAAUUGGGACCUCUCCCUCGUGUUCUUGCUGAUAUUACCAAAUCUCUGACUAAUCCUACACCAAUACAACAGCAACUGAGACGCUUCACUGAGCAUAACUCCAGUCCAAAUGUCAGUGGAAGCCUCUCCUCUGGCCUGCAGAAAAUUUUUGAAGACCCUACUGACAGUGAUUUGCAUAAACUAAAAUCUCCAAGCCAGGACAACACAGAUAGCUAUUUCAGAGGGAAAACGUUAUUGCUGGUUCAGCAAGCCUCCUCCCAGAGCAUGACUUACUCUGAAAAGGAUGAAAAGGAAAAUAGCCUUCCUAAUGGCCGGAGCAUCUCCCUCAUGGACCUUCAGGACACUCAUGCCGCCCAAGUGGAGCAUGCGUCUGUCAUGCUUGACAUGCCAAUGCGCCUGACUGGAAGCCAGCUUUCCAUAACCCAGGUGGCCAGCAUCAAACAACUUCGGGAAACCCAGAGCACUCCCCAGAGCGCACCCCAAGUGCGAAGGCCCCUGCACCCAGCCUUGAACCAGCCAGGCAGCCUCCAGCCCUUGUCAUUCCAGAACCCUGUCUAUCACCUCAAUAACCCAAUUCCAGCAAUGCCAAAGGCCUCUGUGGAUUCCAGUUUGGAGAACCUAAGCACUGCCAGUUCCAGGAGCCAAAGUAACAGUGAAGACUUCAAACUCAGUGGACCCAGCAAUAGCAGCAUGGAAGAUUUCACCAAACGUAGCACUCAGAGUGAGGACUUCUCCAGGCGGCACACUGUGUCGGACAGACACAUACCUCUUGCUCUGCCACGGCAGAAUAGCACGGGGCAGGCCCAGAUCCGAAAAAUGGACCAGGCUGGGCUAGGUGCCCGAGCCAAAGCCCCACCAUCCCUGCCACACAGUGCUUCCCUACGUAGUACCGGGAGCAUGUCACUGGCAUCUGCAGCUCUGGUGGCCGAACCUGUGCAAAAUGGGAGCCGGUCCCGGCAGCAGUCCUCUUCCUCCAGAGAGAGCCCUGUUCCCAAAGUGAGAGCGAUCCAGAGACAGCAGACACAGCAGGUUCAGUCACCUGUGGACUCUGCCACAAUGUCCCCAGUAGAGAGGACAGCAGCCUGGGUUCUGAACAAUGGGCAAUAUGAAGAAGAUGUAGAAGAAACCGAGCAAAAUCAAGAUGAAGCCAAGCAUGCUGAGAAGUACGAACAGGAAAUUACUAAACUGAAGGAGCGCCUGCGAGUGUCCAGCCGGCGGCUAGAGGAGUAUGAGCGCCGGUUGCUGGUGCAGGAGCAGCAGAUGCAGAAGCUGCUGCUAGAGUACAAGGCCCGGCUGGAGGACAGCGAGGAGCGGCUGCGCAGGCAGCAGGAGGAGAAGGAUAGCCAGAUGAAGAGCAUCAUCAGCAGGCUAAUGGCUGUGGAAGAGGAAUUGAAGAAGGAUCAUGCUGAGAUGCAAGCAGUUAUCGAUGCAAAGCAAAAAAUAAUUGAUGCACAGGUCAUAAAUGGAGAUGAGAUUAUGCAAACAGGAAAAACGGAUCGUGUCGCUGGAUUCGGCCAACACCAGACUGAUGAGCGCGCUGACCCAAGUGAAGGAGCGGUACAGCAUGCAGGAAAACAUGCAAAUACCGAGAUCCAAACAAAACAGUUUAUCCCAUUGAGCAACGAAGACUGGUUCUGGAUGGACAGCUAUCUGAUUUGGGGAUACACUGUUCCAGAGGACACAGAUAAGAGCUGUUGUAUCAAAACUGGACUUUCGGAGUGAUUUCUAUUGAACUCCUGUUGCUGUUUAUUUCCUUCUGUCUGUAGCAGACGGGAAUUUUCCAUUUUAGAUAGGGGGCUUUUUUUUUUUACGCCAGCUGUAAUAAAGGGUGUUCUUCUUCCUCUUUAGAGUUUACAAAACUAUAAAUAUUUGUGUCUCUAUAAACCGUCUGCAUCUUCACACCCACUUGCCCUUUCCUCCCCCAUGGUGGGAGCAGUCAUCACCAACAGGGUUUACUCUCCCCUGGAGAGGUUAUUCAAAUAUGCUGUCCAUAAGCCAUCCGAAAUAAACACCCUUUCUUCCAUACAGAAAAGGGCUAACCAUACCAUACCAUGGCAGCAAUCUCUGAAUAUUUCCUAUCAAAAAUUUUUUUCUAUUUGUAAGUUAUAAUUUUGGUUUGGGAUAAAGAUUUUACCCAGUGUACUAGCAGAUCUCUGGGCAGGGUAAUUUUAUCUCAGUCUUUAACUUUUAAAUUGCUUCUUCCUCUAAUCCCCUCAGUAAAAUUUGGAAAAGAAAUCCAAAUCUGAAGCAUUGCUCUCUUAAAAGUCAUGAUUACUCUUAAUGAAAAAUAAAAUACUAAAAGUGGGAGGACAGCACAUUCCAUCGGUUAUUCCCAUGCUCUUUGUAGAUUUGGCAAUAAUAACCCAGUUUCACUAGCUGUCAUCGUUGGCUUUAUUGUAGGACAGAUUUAUUGUAGGACAGAAACAGUCAUGGAAGCUAAGUUACUUCCUUUUUUCCAGAGGUGUGAAAUGUCAUCUUGAAUGCAACCUUGAUUAUCAGAAGUAUGGAAUGUUACAAGUUAAACAGAUAUUAUAUUUACAAGUAUAUAUACACAUAUACUCACACAUAUGUACAUAUAACUGCACAAAUAGGAAAAGUUCCUGCCUUCUAUGCUGUUGGAUAUAAUGUUUAAAGGGGUUAGAAUCUCUUUAAGCAAGAUCUAAGCAAUUGUUUAUAUUGAGAAAGCAACAACAUUUCUCAAGUAAGUUAAUGAUGUUUAGUUGAAAUUAUAAACCUUAAGGAAUUUUUUUUUUAAGAAGGAAAAGGAGAAAGGAGGGGGAAAAAAAAAACACCUGAGGAAGCCAUAGACCUGGAGUGAGUGUUUCCACAUAGCAGAAUACUUAUAAGGAGACGAGAGAACAUUUAUUGUGUCCCCUUUUGGGUGAAGCCCCGAUAGAGACACCAAACCUCCAUUCCCACCGCACCCCCAGGCUUGCAUUCUGACCUCUUAAGCACUGCCCUCAGGUGGGUCUUUGUGUUGGGCCUUGCAUCUCAGCAACCUCACCAUGGUCCCCAGCCCACAACCUUUUAAAACAUUUCCCCUUCGUAACACUCCUGUUUCUGCCAGUCAGAGAUCUAAAUCAGGAGCUGCCCAGUGUGCUUAUCUGAUCUGCAGACUUCAUGCCCACAUGUAUUGGCACUUGUGCAUUUUCUUGACCCGUGAUCAUUAUUUUACAAAUUCUUCUCUCUUCCCUCCAAGCUGAGGGCACACUGUGGCCAAAUGACUUAUUUUAAUAGGAAAGAAACAUCACCAAUUCUGAAGUAGUGCUUCGUGUUUGGGGAGAGGGUAUGUAAACAUAGGUCCGUUCUUGUUUGUGGCUAUUUUCAGCUCUAGCCAUCCUUUAUAAAAGUCUUCAGAAAACCUGGUAAAAGAAUGGUCAGUUUCAGUGGCCUUAAGUAUGUAACAUGGGUGAUGUCUUACACGGAGGUUUGAAAGCUCUCAGGUGGUGUUUACGGAUGACAGAGGACUGAUAAACUAUAUUGGAGGGUUGGAGGACACAAAAUCAAAUAUGUUUUUGAUGGAUGCAGUACAUCUUGUCAGCAUUAUGGGGGCUUCUUAGAGGGCUGCCUACUUUGGAAGAUUAGAUGCCCAAAAUGUUUGGAUAGAUUAUGCAGCCCUCUAUUAUCAGGUUAUCUUGAAUGAAGAGAAAAGAGUAAACAAAUAAUAAAAUUAGAGGUAAGCUAGGAGUUCAGUGUAGUUGCCAGAUGUUAAAUUUUAGAUUAUCCUUUGAACCUAUUCCUGUCCGAAUAUUUUUCUGAGUAUUUCUUUAGAGAAUGCUGCAGUCUAUAGAACUUAUUCUGAAAGAUUUUUUUUUUUAGUAUGGAAAAAGUCAGCAACAGCUGAUAAUUUUUAUGGAGGUAUUGCUUAAUUGGCUUUUCUUCAGCCCAGAUAAGUGCAUACCUCUCUUGCUGGGAGGAGGUGUAUGGUUGAAGAGAAGUGGGUGGAUUAUGAUAGCAUGUCUUGCACUCCUUCUGACACCCAACAUGUCACCACAUGGUGGGGUGCAGCAUAGACCAAGGCUGAAUGGAAUUUGGAAUUCCCGUGAAGUGCUUGCAAAAUGCUUGUCCAGAUGACAACCAGAUUUGGCCAUUAACAAGGACAAUGUUGGUAGGAUUUAGGAAAAAAGCUUUAUAUUUCCAUUUUAUUUUCACUGGAGCAAUAAGCUUUCUGAGCCAAAGCAGCAAAAAGGAGUAACAUUUCCUUCAAGUCAUCACAUUACCUGAGUCUCUGCAAUACAAGCCAUGAAGGAGGGGAGAUUAUAACUAGGUAACAAUGACAAACACUUGAGCACUUACUAUGAUCCAGGCACUAUCACCAAGAUACUGUUGGGGUCCAGGGCAGUCUGUUGUAAGGGAAAUGUGGUAAAAUGGUAAAAAAAGGGUAAAACUUUGCCCUUUCACUUGGCAUUGAGUUGGUCAGAAUUAGCUUUCUCUAGUCUGCUUCUACCUUUCCCUUUCCCUGUAAUGGUGUUGCACAGUGAAAGAAAAAGUAGGAUUUCCUGUCUACGACUGCUGUAUGCCCUUGAGAAUUAACUUGACUUUAAAAGUAAAGCUUUUUAGAUCUUAGUCUAUUUAUGGAUCUGUAGCUCUAGCGACCCUCGUUUCUCACUCUGUCCUCAGAGGCACACUGGGUUGAGAGCAGUUCCUUUUUGGAAGCUCCAGAGCAAGACAGUUGCCAUCAAGUGAGUUUGAUUACAAUUUGUUCUGCCUUCCAUCUAGGUUUAGUUCCAGUUACGUCCAGUUUGGAGUUUCUGAGAAGGCUGGUUGUGGGACUGAACUUGGGGAAGGAACCCUCCUUGGGAUUUACCUAAGGCCCAUGUGACCCUGACUAGAGUUGACACCAGACUAGGCUUGUCACUGGGCCUGACUCAGCAGCUCUGGAGCCCACACCAUACCUUCCCUGUGUUUUCACCUUUUCUUGGGGGGGG